UACGGCGGUGAUUCUACGGAGCAGAGACCGACAUAGGAGGCUGGCUUACCGGAGCACUAAUUAAGAAAAUCUAACCAAUCAAGAAGUUACAACAUUUCAACCACUGAUUCCCGAUUUGUAUAUCCCUAAGUAACAGAGCUUAGAGUAGCCUACCUCUGCUUUUGCGCGUCAGGAGAGGACUAUUCCCUCAGCAAAACACAUCGACCGUGAGAGCGAGUGAAGACAGACAGCAAGAGGGAGGAGGGAUAAACGGGGGGUGCAGUUGGUGAAACCAUUUUAGUCCUGGCGGAUAUUUUGGAUCGAGCCCUGCUGUCGGAGAGGCGCAUUGAAACGGGGGGCUGCGUUUUCAUUCAUAUCCUCACCAUCACCAUCGGCUGGUUCUGACCUUAAGAUUUCCCCUCUAAGGCCUCAGUAGCCUUGUUCUCUAGAAUACAAGGAAUUGGGAAACACAUAUGUUGUAGCCUGUUCUUUAUCGGGUGUCUUUUAUUCUGUUAGCCGUUCAGCUAGUGUUCGUGUCUCUUGUGCUUUUUCAAGACAUGGAGGCUGAAGAUGCGGAUUACUAUCAUUCAAGUGGAUUUCAUGGCUCGAUUUUUUUAACGGCCUUGAACAAAUCGUUGUUUUGUUGGCAGGAAUAAUGACAUGUUUUGGAUGAUUUGUGAAAAGUCGUUUUAGGAAAAAAACUGUUUUUGUUUAUUAUCACUGUUUCCCUUUUGGGAACGCGAAAUUUGGUCAACCAUUCCAUCAAGAUCGGACUGCUUUCUAACAAUCUGAAACAACACUGUGAGGUUAUCACUUUUUUUGUGGACUGACGACAAGUGAUACCGUUCCUACAAAAUUGGAGGAACAAGCCCCUUUUCAAUUAGGCCUACUCUUAAUAUUACUUGUAAGGAUAUAAUUUCAACAGGAAUGAAAUCUGGAAUAGAACGGGAUAAAUUGACCUUAUUUUGGGGUCUUUUACUGUCUGUUUCUACGCUCUGCAUGUGGCCCGCCGGUGGAGAAAUCUGUGGUCUGAACGUCGACAUCCGCAAUGACAUCCGCGAGUUCACACGGCUACUGGAGAACUGCACGGUGGUGGAGGGCUACCUGCAGAUCCUGCUCAUCGGCGACAAGACCAACCACCUCAAUCAGGAGGUCUUCCGAACGCUCAGCUUCCCCAAGCUCACCGUCAUCACCGACUACCUGCUGCUCUUCCGCGUCUCGGGCCUGGACAGCCUCAGCACACUCUUCCCCAACCUCAGCGUCAUCCGCGGCCGCAACCUCUUCUACAACUAUGCGCUGGUCAUCUUCGAGAUGACCAGCCUCAAGGACAUCGGCCUGUACAGCCUGCGGAACAUCACGCGCGGCGCCAUCCUGAUCGAGAAGAACCCCGAGCUGUGCUAUCUGAACUCGGUGGAUUGGUCGCUCAUCAUGGACAACAACAACAACUUCAUCGUGGGCAACAAGCAGACGACGGAAUGUGGCGACGUGUGCCCGGGUAUCAUGGAUGGACAGCCUGAGUGCAUCAAGACUAGCUUCAAUGACCACUACAGCCACCGCUGCUGGACGGCCAACCACUGUCAGAAAGUGUGCCCUAAGAGAGUGUGA